AUGAAUCAAUAUUCUCUUGGAAUCGAUCUGGGAACGACUUCUGUGAAGGUCGUGGUGGUAGAUGUCGAAACCAAAUCGACGAUCGCGGCGGAGUCGCAGCCAACAGAGGCUUAUCUGGAAAGCGAUGUUGGUGCGCUUGGCUUUGAACAAGAUGUCAAGAAAAUCAAACGAGUGUUGGAUACAUGCAUGUCCAGACUUGGACAUAACUUUAAAGAUAAAGUGUCACGUGUUUGCUUCACUGGUCAGAUGCAUGGUCUAGUAUUGUGGAAUUCCAGGUCGGACAAUGUCAGCGUGAAAGGCUUCUUAGAGUCCUCAAAAACAAGUCCACUAUACACCUGGCAAGAUCAACGAGCAUCUCCACAGUUUAUCAAAUCUUUACCGGCACCAAUCAGCGACACUCAACUAGCAACUGGUUUUGGUUGUGUCACGUAUUUGUGGCUAAUGAGAAAGCGACCAGAAAUGCUCAAUUUUGAUUGGAUGGGAACCAUAAUGGAUUACUUUGUGUAUGGAAUCUGUGGUUUGGACGAACCUGUCACAACUGAUCAAUUAGCUAAUAGUUUUGGUUACUUCGACUGUGAAUCAUCCUCGUGGAAUGGUUCUAUUUUGGAAAAGGAGGGUUUUCCCGUGAAAAGGCUUCCUAGGACUGUACAACCAGGUACUUUAGCAGGAACAUUGUCACAGUCAUGGUUGGGCUUGAAAGCUGGAGUACAGGUUCUGGCACCCCUUGGUGAUUGUCAAUGUUCUUUCUUCUCCAGUUUGGCAACUUCACAAAAUACAGCAUUAUUAAAUAUCGGAACAUCGUUACAGUUGGGUUGCAUCAGCAAACCGGACCUGUGUAAAUCCAGCAAGGCCUCUGUACAAUAUUUCCCGUAUUUUAACAACACUAAAUUAGCUCUAGCUGCCAGUUUAAAUGGUGGAAAUGUUAUUGCACAGUUUGUCAGGAUGUUGGUUACUUGGACCCGCCAAAUAGGCUUGUCGGUUACAGAAGACGAUAUAUGGAAGCAACUAUUAAGAGACACAAAGCCGUCUGAAAGAGACAGAAAUUUGGUGGUCGAUCCUACAAUAUUUGGUGAAAGACACACACCAGACCAGUUGGGGUCCAUCCAGAAUUUGAGCUCCGAUAAUUUGGAUAUUACCAAAAUAUUUAAUUCUCUGUGUUUUGGUGUGGUGCAAAACGCCAAAGAAAUUAUGCCUGCAACUUUCCUUCGAGAUCAUGGAAUCGAAAGUAUUAUAUGCAGUGGAAGUGUUCUAACCAGGAAUCAAGUCAUACGAGAACACGUCAAUACUGUAUUCCAUGAAUUAAGUGUAUCCGAUGCUGUGGGGUGUGAUUCUGCUAGGGGCGCUGCAUUAUGUGCUAUUAAAUUUGUUAAACAAUAA